AGUACCAAUAAAGACGGCGCCCCUGGCGGUGGUUUCCGACAUACCACGCCAUACUCACUGACGUCCCUAGUGCCACAUACUCCGAAGGAUCCUUCCAGAACCACAUACAGUGCAACACAGUGCCACACGCAGUGCCACAUACAAUGUUAUAGUGUCACACACGUCCUUUAAUGCAGUGUCAUACACACCCACUAAUACAGUGCCACACACGCCGUAUAAUACAGUGCCAUACACGCCCUCUAAUACAGUGCCACACACACGCCACUAACAGUUCCACACAUGCCACUAACAGUGAAACAGACGCCACUAACAGUGAAACACACGUCACUAACAGUGAAACACACGACACUAACAGUUCCACACACGCCACUAACAGUGAAACACACGCCCACUGUGACUCAACGAGGCUGCUGGAACAUUAAGAACAUAAAUCACCUGUGGAACUAUUGUAUCAGUGCAAAGGGUAGGCGUGGUGAACACCAAGGGCGUGAACACCAGAGGCGUGUAUGCGACCUCACACCCACGCCCAUCUUGCUGAUAACAAGGCUCUCAGGGAUUACGCCCACGGACACGCCCACUCCCACAUCAAUGGCUACUGCAUUACCAGAAGGAAUAAAGGAAUCAUACAACUUGUAUGAGAACGAAGACGGGAGCGAUAUCAUCCUGAUGGUGGGAGACGAAAUUUACCGGGAGAGGAUCCCAGCCCACUCAUGGGUCCUUGCUGCUGGGAAUGAAGUCUUCAGGGCCAUGUUCCAGGGACCCCUGGCUGACAAGCACAAAAAGACUUACAACAUCUCAAAUGACCCCAAAGGCUUCCAAAAUCUUUUGAGAUGGCUGUAUCGUCAUGAGUGUGGCAUCCAGAGUAUAGAGAGUGCCCUCAUCACCCUCCAGGUGGCCAUUCAAUACCUCUGUCCGGAGUUGGCCGAGAUGUGUGUAGAAUAUAUUACACAGCACCUGAGUGUCAACAAUGUUCUCCGGGUGCUGCAAGAAGUCUAUCGAUACUGCCCAUCUCAGAAUACCAGCUGCUACCAGACGGGCAAUACAGUUUCAACUGCACCUUCAGCACCCAGCCUAGAAGACCUCGAAGACCUUACUCGGAGGUCUUUAAACGAGUGUGGCAAGGAAGAGUCUAAAGAAGAACAGUUGGAAAGAUCUCAGCACACUAUCCACAGCAUGGCACAGCUCCAGGCUCUGUGUGAUGAAGCAGAUCUCAGGGACCCCACCGCAUGUUGCACGGAUCUUUUUAAUGUGUGCCUUGAGGUAGUCGAUCAGAACACACAAAUUGUCCUGGACUCUGAACUUUUGGAAGAGUUAGAUCGCAGUGCAUUAGAGCUUAUUUUGAGACGCCCAACGCUCAAUGUUGCAAAUGAGCUUCCAUUAUUUGAGGCACUGCAGCGCUGGGCAACCGCACAAUGCAAACGUCACAAGCUUCCCCUUACCCAAGCAAACAGAAGGGCUGUUCUAGGGAACCUACUCUAUUAUAUACAUUUCUUGCAGCUAAAUAAUGAACAACUUCAACAAACCAGCAGCCUUCUCUCUUCUGAUGAAUUCAACUACCUCAGUGGACGAAUCCUCGGCCACGACACAGCGACUGUACCACCUACUCUGGCAGCGCAGUUAUCCGAGAUGGCCAACCCUCGGCGCCCCAGCCCUACAAGGUCACCACAGCAAGCCACCAAUGGUAAAAUUAAGAAGAAGUGCAACACAGGCAAGAAGAAAUAUACCAGAAAGGAACUCAUACUAGAUAUUGUCUCUUGCUUGGCAGUAAUCUUUGAUUAGGCUUCACUAUAUACCUCAAGUAUACCUGGAGGGUGUUCUGGGAGUCAGUUCAUGACCAAGCCUUGCAGUGGCUCAGGGCCUGAUCAACCAGGCUGUUACUGCUGGCUGCAUGCAAACACAUGAAACACAGCCCAGCUGGUCAGGUACUGAUUGCAGCUGUCUAUCCAGCUCCCUCUUGAAGACAGUUAGGUGUCUUGAAGACAGCCAGGUGUCUGGAAGACAGCCAGGGGUCUUGAAGACAGCCAGGGGUCUUGAAGACAACAAGGGGUCUUGAAGAUAGCCAGGGGUCUUGAAGACAGCCAGGGGUCUUGAAGACAACAAGGGGUCUUGAAGACAGCCAGGGGUCUUGAAGACAACAAGGGGUCUUGAAGACAACAAGGGGUCUUGAAGACAACAAGGGGUCUUGAAGACAACAAGGGGUCUUGAAGACAGCCAGGGGUCUUGAAGACAACAAGGGGUCUUGAAGACAGCCAGGGGUCUUGAAGACAACAAGGGGUCUUGAAGACAACAAGGGGUCUUGAAGACAGCCAGGGGUCUUGAAGACAACCAGGGGUCUUGAAGACAGCCAGGGGUCUUGAAGACAGCCAGGGGUCUUGAAGACAGCCAGGGGUCUUGAAGACAGCCAGGGGUCUAUUGCUGUAGCUUAUAUUCUAAUAGUAUACAGUAGUCACUUUGUCACAAAAUAUUUUGUAGGGAUAAAAUCCCUAAGUUCUAUAUUACAGUGUUAAUCCCAUAAGGGUCAUACAUCACCCUGGGAAUAGGUGGUAAUUCAAUCUGAUCCAGUUCCUUGAAUGAAGAGCCCUUAGAGCAUCCCUUUCCCUUGAAGGGCUAAAAUUCCUAAGCUUCAUGAGCAUAUUAUCUGCUUCCACUGGCUGUCCUCAUUCUUGUUAUAUAUUUAUAGGGAUGCUCUAAACCCAUAGGGAUCAUACAGCCCCCCCUUAAAAUUGCAUUUUUUUUAAGUUUUAGGAUAACGAUUUGCAGUAACCAGUCAUUAAAUUGUUAUUGGUUAAGAAAAGCCAUUUUAAGUAGAAUACAUAUUUGAUAUGUUUAUCAUUUAUCAGUAAAUAACAUGAAACGUUGAUGUUAUUGUAGUCAGUGAAUUUUAUGUGACUUGAUUAAAGUUAUCAAUGUGUUAUUGAUGUGUUAAAUCAUUAAUUUUUUGAUACUGUAGUUUUUUAUAUAGUAUAUAUAUCAAAUAUUGUUUGUAUUAGACAAGACACAUUCGAAGAAUAGAGUCUGAGGAUUGUAAUAGAUCAAAAUGUGAAGCAUCUUCCAGGAAUGUGCAUUCAACUUAUACACCGUGUAUACAUGUACUUAUUUGUGAAUGUGUGUGUGUGUGUGUGUGUGUGUGUGUGUGUGUGUGUGUGUGUGUGUGUGUGUGUGUGUGUGUGUGUGUGUGUGUGUGUGUGUGUGUGUGUGUGUGUAUAUGUGUGUGUGUAUAUGUGUGUGUGUGUGUGUGUGUGUGUGUGUGUGUGUGUGUGUGUGUGUGUGUGUGUGUGUGUGUGUGUGUGUGUGUGUGUGUGUGUGUGUGUGUGUGUGUGUGUAUGUGUGUGUGUGUGUUUGUGUGUAUGUGCAAGCAUUUGUACGUGCACGAGUAGUCACCUAUUUGUGGGCGCAGGGGCUGAUUUGUAGCUCCUGGCCCACCUGUUCUCUGGUUGCCACUAGGUCCACUCUUCCCCUGUUCCAAGAGCUUUAUUGUACCUCUUUGUGUGUGUGUGUGUGUGUGUGUGUGUGUGUGUGUGUGUGUGUGUGUGUGUGUGUGUGUGUGUGUGUGUGUGUGUGUGUGUGUGUGUGUGUGUGUGUGUGUGUUGUGUGUAGGAUAUUUAAAGAGGUUUUAACUUUCAAAUCUGUUAAGUAAUGUUUGUUUAAAAACAGUCUAGUAAAAAGUAUUGAGUAUAAUUUCAUUAUAUGUUGUACACUGUACAAUAAAUGGUCUAGUCAAUUUUCUCUGAACAUGACACAGCAUAGAAACCACAGGGAAUAAAGCCUUUAAAUGGCAAUGUUGCAACAUAGUAUAUUAUUCAUGGUAUGCAAUACUGAUACACUAAUGAAUAACAAAUGGCCAACACUUGGGUAUCUUUAUCUUAAGUCUGCCCAAAAUGCCUAGGCAGGAUAAUGGCUUUCUCAGCUCCAUUCAUACCAUAUGUAAACACACAUUGUAACCUUAGUAAAGAAAUAAAUAUUUUAUUUUAUUUAUUUUAUUUAAUGAUGAAAUUCUCUGCCCAUUAAGGGGCUUUCUGCAUUCUAAAUGUCACUCAUCUGUCAACAAACACCGUACAGUAAAUCCUCGACUUACGAAUACAUUGAGAAUGUUCCGUAUUGGAGUUUACCUGGAGAGAGUUCUGGGGGUCAACGCCCCCGCGGCCCGGUCUGUGACCAGGCCUCCUGGUGGAUCAGAGCCUGAUCAACCAGGCUGUUGCUGCUGGCUGCACGCAAACCAACGUACGAGCCACAGCCCGGCUGAUCAGGAACUGACUUUAGGUGCUUGUCCAGUGCCAGCUUGAAGACUGCCAGGGGUCUGUUGGUAAUCCCCUUUAUGUGUGCUGGGAGGCAGUUGAACAGUCUCGGGCCCCCUGUGUAUAAUAUUAUUAUAUAUUAUUAUACACAAUACAAAAGGUCCCCAAUGUAUUUGUAAAAUGAAGACUUAUGUAUUAUGAAUAUUAUAUACAAUUCAUAAGGUCCCCAAUGUAUUUGUAAGCUGAGGAUUACUCUACCAUGCUGGGAUAAAGAAUCUUAAAUCCUAAGUGAAGUGUUGCAGCUAUACAGCAGGCUUCUUCAGUCAAAUACAGGGGGAUAUAUAACACUGUAGACAAAGUUUUAGUUUUGAUGGUAUCAGUCCAUGAGUGUUAACAGGUUACUGUCUCAGGGUUGAGGGACUAACACCUUGUACCAGGGUUGAUGGCUCAGUUGGAAGAGCACUUGUUUUACAUGCUGAGUGUCUGGGGUUAAAUCUCUGGCAUGCAUGGCAACACUGGGCAUGUUUCCUUACACCUGCUGUCCCUGUUCACCUAGCAGUAAGUAGGUACCUGAGUGUUAGUCACCUUACAUAUGCUGUCCCUUUUCACCGGGCAGUAAGUAGGUAUCUAGGUAUUAGUCACCUUACACCUGCUGUCCCUGUUCACCUAGCAGUAAGUAGGUACUUGGGUGUUAGGUGCAGGGUGUGGGUGGCAUCCUAGGGGAUAAGACUGAAGGACCACAAUGGAAAUAAGACUGACAGUCCUCAGUGACCCACUGACUUUACUGGGUUAUCCUGGGUAACUAACCCUCCAGGUUAAAAAUCUGAACAAAUCUUACCACCUCCAAACUAUGGCAGAAAUUUUCAUCAAUAAAGAUACUAAACAAGUGUUGCACAGUUGUCCUAUUAAUUUUUUUACAGCAUAAAAAAUUUCCUAUAUGUUUUUAUUCUCACAAUGAAACACAAACUCUGUAAAGGUCACACACUGCUUGAGGAAUGGGUGAUAAUUGGAUAAGAAACGGGUAAUAACUGGAUAAGAAAUGGGUGAUAAUUGGAUAAGAAAUGGGAGAUAAUUGGAUACGAUCUGAGGAAAGAAGGGAGUAACCCCAGUUCCUUGGAAUGAGGGAUCUUCGCCAGAAUAGGAUAACUAGCUAUGGUGUGUUGUCACACACAACAACAAGCAGUGUGGUGGGCAGGAAACUCGUACUGAACGAGUUUUGACUUGGAUGAAUUAAGGUCAGGUGUCAUUUAAUAAUUCAUACUAGACUGAAUAUCGUACUAUUCAGAUUCAUACCAAUCAAGGCUUUGCUUGAUUAUUAUUAUAUUAUUAUCACUAUUAUUUUUUUUUUAUUAUUAUCACACUGGCCGAUUCCCACCAAGGCAGGGUGGCCUGAAAAAGAAAAACUUUCACCAUCAUUCACUAUUAUUAUUGAUAGUAAUAUCUUCAAGGGAGGUCCCUUAACACUGGCUGAAGGCAGGUCUUGUUCCAAGGCACUGAAUUUACCCUCUUCCUUGGAUUGAACUUGAAUGCCUCCUAUUCUCCCAGGCACUGUGUGACCCUACAGGUUUAGCACUCUUUCCAGUACUAUAAUAAUAAUCCAUAUAUAAUUCUAAGCAUUCAUUUUUAUUCUACUAUUUCUUCAACAUUCCAACCACCAUAAUUCUUUACUGUGUUUAAAUUAUACAAGAGACAUCUGGUGUAUUAUAAUAUAAUCAUGAAGAAGCACUAAACCCACAAGGGUAGUCAUCCAGUGUAUAAUGCUAAGGAAACAAAAUAUAAGUAGAGUCGCUCCAUUACUCAUGAACAGGUUCAGUUCCGAGCAGUCGUUCAAAAGUCUAUUUGUUCGUAAGUCCAAUAUGUGUACGUAUAUGGUAUUGUACAGUAGUGUAGUAUAUGUAGGUAUGAACAUGGAGCAACCUAGAAAUGUAUAUACCUGGAGUAUACCUGGAGAGGGUUUCAGGGAUCAGCGCCCCUGUGGCCCGGUCUGUGACCACGUCACAACAGUUUAAACAUAUACAUGUACGUGAAUAAAGGAAAAAUACACACUGUACACUAGCAAACAACACAUGUUAUAAAUGAAAUGAAGUUUAUAAUGUUAAUAAUAAAUUUUUUACUACAAGGCAAAUUGACUGUAAUAUCGAAAGUUCGCAACACAAAUGUUCAUAUGUAGGGAGUCUCUGUACUAUGCGAGGUGUGUUAUAAUAGAGAAUAUACAGGGUGUUUCAAAAUGAUUGACCCCAUUCAACAUGUUACGAUUUCAAAUUGGAUCCAUCUCUUUGAAACACCCUGUAUCUGUGCAAACUUCCGUGAAGAUUGCCGCUCUCACACUCAUAUUAAGUUUUAAAUACAAAAAAAUAAAUUAUAAAAAAUCCA